UAAUGUUUUGAUAUUGCUGACUGGACAUUCUUUGGAAUACUAACAUUCUACAAUCUACUCCACACUGAGAUGUAUUUUUUAAGCAAACCACUGCUUUCCUGAUGACAGUCCAUCUGCUGAUUUCCUACAAAAAAGAUGAACUCAACAUCUGCAUUGUUGAAUCAUUCUGUAGGCCUAUCUAUGUCUACAUUUUCACCACCAACAACACCCGACGAUGAGACACACUGCGACUAUCACCAAUCAGUAAAGACAUGGUUUAUGGUUUUGCACUUUGCCAUCAUCAUCCUGGGUAUCCCCACAAAUUGUUUCUCGGCAUUUGUGUCCUACCAGCAUGUUCGACAUGGCAAUGAGUUGGGGGUGUACCUGUUGAACCUGGCUUUGACAGACAUUUUUUUCAUCUUAAUGUUACCCUUCUGGAUAGACUACAACUUCGCAGACAAGUGGAAGUAUGGGGACACGGCGUGUGUGGUGGCCGUCUUCUUCUUGUUCACUCAGUUCUACUACAGCGUAUGUCUGCUGUGUUGCAUUGCAGUGGACCGCUAUCUGGCCGUGGUCCACCCCAUGAGGUUUCCCGCCAUGCGGAACAUGACCACUGCCAUGGGCAUGUGCAUUCUGUCGUGGACCUUCACCGUGGCCUUCAAUGCCGCCACGCUGUCCAAAGAGACCGUGUACGACUACGAAGCCAGCACCUGUCUGGACGUCUUCCCCAUGGAGCUGCCGUACGCCAAGCGGGUCAGCUACGCCCGCUUCCUCAUCUGGUUCCUCCUGCCUUUGCUGCUGGUCGGCUUCUGUGGCUGGCAGAUCCGCAGGGAGGUGCGCUCGAACCGCGCCACCGAGAAACAGGAGCGUGAGCGGGUGUGCCGGCUACUGCUGCUGGUGCAGCUCACCGUGGCCGUCUGCUUCGGGCCCUUCCACAUCAUGCUCCUGGUCAGAGCGCUGUGGGAGACCUGCCAGACCCUGUCGUGGAUACACUAUCCUUACAAGGCCGGCGUGGCUCUGGCCACCCUGAACUGUUUGGCCGACCCGCUGUUGUACUGUUUCAUCACCAGGUCAGGGAGAGCCAGCGUCAAGAAGGCCAUUCUGCUCUUUCAAAGGAAGAGCACAAACAGUAAGGACAGCGGUGCCUUGGAGCUAGAACUGAAUCGACAAUUUCAGACGCCUUAGUGACCUAAUAGCAAAGGGUGGGCAAACUACAGCUCAGCGUCAAAUGCGGCCCUGAAUGGAGUAAAAAAACAAUUGAAUGCUGCCUGUUGAACUAGCAUUAAACAUUAUUUUAUAUGCCUUGCACAGCAUGCUUUUAGAACUGGUGCCAUCUGGUAUCGCGUGCUGUGUUUUUUAAUAGCUUCAUCAAACAGUGUAGCAUAGGAUACCUACGCCUGUAGGUUUUUUGGUCCAAAGUGCAGUGACUCUUUAACUGGAAACUGGUUGGAAACGAGUGCUCUGUAUUUUGCAUUGCCCGGCUGGAAGUUCCGUUUUUCUAUAUGUGGCCUGCAAACAAAGAAAUAGUUUGCCCACCCCUGGUAUAGGCCUAUAGUCUGGCAGUAGAACAGUUGGUGAGAGAUCAGAGUGCCAGGCUUGGCAGCUGCUAAGUUCCUUUGGUAAACAUUUCCAAGCUACCUGAAUAUAUUUUGAUGGUUUGUGUUUGUAGAGUUUUUGUUGUUUGUAUUAUCGUUGGGUUGGCGAGAUUGUUCAUUUCUCUAUCUCAUAAA